CGCGUCUUUAAGUGGGUGCCUGCAGUCGGAGGAGCGCGUGCAGAGAGCGCUUCUUCUCCUCCUUCUUCUCCAUCCGUCUUCUUUUGCUUCCUCUUCUUCUGCUUCUUGGUCGCCACCGCACAGCCGGCGCGCGCUCCCGGACACCCCGAGACACGCACUGAGACAGAGACACACACAGACUCAGCUCCGUAUUCCACAGAGGAGAAGAAAUCUCUUUUUUUUCUGUAUAUGUGUGUGUGUGUGUCGCGUUUACUCUUCUUUCACAUCUCUCUCGCCCGCUCUCUCUUUUUCUCCCUCUCUCUCUCUCACUCCCUCUCUCAAACACACACACAUACACUAACACGCACACACACUCAUUUCCCACGCGCGUCGCUCGCUCCCGUUACUUGGGCAGAAUAUUUUGUCGCGCGGUUUUGAUCCUCUUUCUUCAGAAUAAAAAAAUAAAUAAAAAGAAGAGGACAUUUCCAUUUCCCAUUCACGCUCGAUUUGCAGAGGUCACAGGAAAUUACCAAAAGAGUGUGAUCCCUGGCCUUGAAAUGGCUCAAUAGUAUCACCAGGGAUGCCGGACCAUGACAGUGAGUCCCUCCUAAACCGACAGACCAAAAGAAGACGAGUGGACAUAGGCGUGAAGAGAACCGUGGGCUCGACCUCCACGCUGACAUCAGCAGCUUCUAGUGACUUCGUUACCAGCCGCACAUCAAAAUCCGCCAACAUCUUUGGGGCCAUGAAUGCCCAUCAUAGUGGAGAGCAAGACAUUCUAGAGUGUCAAGGGGUGCAACUUGGACAUGGGGACUCGAAUGAGACCAAGUCCAAUGUGCUCCGGAAACUUCUUAAGAGGGCCAACUCAUACGAGGACACAAUGAUGCCUUUUCCUGGUGCUACCAUCAUCUCACAGCUGUUAAAGAGCAACAUGGCAAAAAAUGGAACAGGGGGAGGAGUAGAGCCGGGGUUCCCUAGUAGUGCUCUCUCCAGCACAGGAUCCGAGGUGCCCCAAGAGGAUGCAUGCAGUAACUCAUCCCAGGAAAGCCCUCAGGAGUGUCUCUCACCAUUCAGCCGCCCAGCUCUGGGUCACUUUGACGUUGAACGACUUAAUGAUGAACACCUCCGAGCUAAGCGAGCUCGUGUGGAGAACAUCAUUCGUGGAAUGAGCCACUCACCCAAUGUCAUGAUGCCAUCAAACUCCAGCUCAAGGGAACGAGAGCGGGAUGGUGAAGGGGAACAUGAAGGACCUCAGCAGCCACCCAGCCCACGAGAGGGCUAUCGUGAGAACAAGCGCAAGCAGAAGCUUCCUCAGCAGCAGCACAGCUUCCAGCAGCUGGUUUCAGUGCGCAAGGAGCAAAAGGUGGAGGAACGCAGGCAGCUCAAGCUGCAGCUCGAGGACAUGCAGAAACAGCUGCGCCAGCUGCAAGAGAAGUUCUUUCAGAUUUAUGACAGCACUGACUCUGAAGGAAAUGACCCAGACCACGAUGGAGGGAACCUCUCUGAAGACAGUGCUCGCUCUGAUGCCGGGCUCAUGGACGGAGACGUUGAUGAGCGCCCCAGACACAAUUCUGCUGCUGAUCGUUCUGAUAAUGAGAUGUCAGACUUGGACCCUGGACACUUUCUAGACAGAGCACGGGCACUGCUAAGAGAACAGGCUCUUCUGGAUGGUGAAAAGCCCAAAAAAGAGGGCUCGCUGAGGGGCAAAGGCCCAACCUCUAUGCAUGCAGAAGGCAAGCAGUUGGCAGAGACCCUGAAGCAGGAAUUGAACUCUGCCAUGUCUCAGGUGGUAGACACUGUAGUGAAGGUCUUUGCAAAACCUCCACGGCCUCUCCCGCAGGUGUUCCCGCCACUUCCUGCACCUCAGGAUCGUUUUAGCGUUAACGGGGACAACCCCAACUUCCACACAACCAAUCAGCGCCUGCAGUGCUUUGGAGACGUCAUAAUCCCCAGCCCACAUGAGUCAUUUGGUGGAGUCCCGCUCCCCAGUGCCAAUGAUCAGACAGAGGCGCUGCCUUUAGUGGUGAGGAAGUCUGCAGCAGAGCAUCACCACCAGUCCUCAGCAGUGGGUGCUCACGGAGGCCACCACCAUCCCUCCCUCCAUCCCUCCUCUCUGUCAGCCAACAUGGGUUUUAGCCCGCCAUCUUUCCGCCACCCAUUCCCCCUCCCUCUAAUGGGGUACCCUUUUCAGGGCCCGCUUGGUGCCCCAUCAAUAGGGUACCUGGGCAAAGACAGAGGCUCACCUGAUUCCAUGGACCUCUCUAGGGAGACCACCAGCUUACGGACCAAGAUGGCAUCUAACCACCAUAUGGGGCACACCCGGUCCUGCUCGCCAACCCACCCAGGGAGCACGGCUGAGAGUCUGUCUCUGUCACUCAUUAAGUCAGAGUGUGGAGACCUCCAGGACAUGUCUGACAUCUCGCCAUACCCAGGAAGUGCAAUUCAGGAAGGGCUUUCCCCCAAUCACCUGAAGAAGGCCAAGCUCAUGUUCUUCUACACCAGGUACCCCAGCUCCAACAUGCUCAAGAUGUUCUUCUCAGACGUUAAGUUUAACCGGUGUAUCACGUCUCAGCUGAUCAAGUGGUUCAGUAAUUUUCGGGAGUUCUACUACAUCCAGAUGGAGAAGUUCGCCAGGCAGGCCAUAAACGACGGCGUGACAGGGGCUGAAGAGAUCGCCGUCAGCCGAGACUCAGAGCUCUUCAGAGCUCUCAACAUGCACUACAACAAGGCCAAUGAUUUUGAGGUUCCUGACCGAUUCCUGGAGGUGGCUCAGAUAACGCUGCGUGAGUUCUUUAACGCCAUCGUGGCCGGGAAAGACGUGGACCCUUCCUGGAAGAAGGCCAUCUAUAAAGUGAUCUGCAAGCUGGACUCAGAAGUUCCAGAGGUCUUCAAAUCUCCCAACUGUCUCCAGGAGCUCCUUCAUGAGUAACACUUCCCCAAACCUCCUCCACUACACUUGGUCAAUUCAAUUCAUUCUUUUUUUUUUUCUUUUUAAUAUUUUUCCAGUUUUUUUCUGUUCUUGUUUUUUUUUUUUGAAUGUAAGGCAUAUGAAGUAGCAUUCCUGAGCUUUUUUUUUUUUUUUUUUUUUUUUUUUUUUUGCUUUUUUUUGCUUUCUUUCUUUCCCUUGGGGUGAUCUAGUUAAAUUUUGAGAUUUCUUGUCAUUUAUUUUACAUAUUCUUUUUCAUGUUUCCUAUUUGGAGGGACGUUGGUCCCACUAGGGCCCUUUGACUUUUUGCUUGCCCGCUCUGGAAUUAUGGGUGAAUCCUCUUGAAAUCCUGAUACUGAAGCCAAACAACUCAGUGAACUGGUGUGACUGACGACGUGGGCUUGUUCAAACUGAAGUUUUGAAGUGUGUAUUUCUCUGGAGAAGUGGGCAUUGCAUUUAUAGGGUGUAUAGAAUUAUUAUUAUUAUUUCUAUUAUUAUUGUUAUUUUAUUACUGUUGGUGUUCUUGUUGUCGUUGUUGUUGUUCCUGCUUGGGUAAGACUGGCACUUGGAGGUUUUUCUUUCUAUCUUUCUUUCAUUCAUUCUUUUCUUUCUUCCUUUCUUUCUUUUCUUUUUUCCCUUUGUUUCAUGAUAAGAUUGCAAGAAAAUAAAUUAUUAUUCCAAAAUGUAAAUCUUUAACUAUAUGCAAAACUAUAUUACAGACUUUACAUUAGAAUAGCUUUUCAUUAAGUCCUCACCCUGGAUUUUGGUUUAUAUGGGUCCAAGAAUUGACAUUUUUGGCUGGCUUUGAUUGACGGCCCAAUGCACCAAUCACAUUUGAAAGGGUACCAUAACCCCGCCCCUUUUUGAAUUAUUAUUAUUUGCUACACAGCCUGCUUUUUUUUUUCACUUCUCUGGUUUGCACAGAAAACCCAUUUUUAAUGUUUAAUGCAACGGUCCAGUCCCUCUGAAUCACACACACACACAAACACACACACACACUGUCCUGCUUACUCAAAUGCUUUGUGUGUAUGUGUGUAGCACUUGCUCAGUUAAAUAGGUGUCUCUUUGCGUGGUGAACAAGGAGGUCAUCAUCACAGAACUUACGUCACAUCAGAAUUUCAAUUCGGUCACUGUGCAUUUUCAAGAACACACAUUUAAAUGCCCUUCAACACACAUCUCAUUCCAGAGGAGUCAUAUGAAACCUUCGAGGAAGUGUGUGUGAGUGUGUGUGUGUAUGUGUGUGUGUGUGUGUGUGUGUGUGUGUGCGCACACAAUUUUUUUUUCUGCUGUGUGGUAAUUAGCUCAGUAUUUUUAUGGUGUUUCUUGAAUACUGACUUGUUAUGAAAUUAAAAGGUGACCAUGUUUGAAGAGGACACAUUACAACACGAUUUCAAUCCUUGCAUAUGAUCGAUUUAUUAUUUUUUUUCCUGGAUGUUACGAUUUGAAAGUUUGUACUGUAUGGAUAUGAAUUUAAAAAAAAUGCACUUACCUGUUGUUCAGUGAAAGCAAUGACAUUGGAUUUUAUUUAAUAAAGAUUGCAAAUAUACUUGAAACGAA